GAAAAUUAAAUUUUAAUAAUCUUAUCUUCAGACAACAUCACGAGUAUUUAAUUAUAAGUAGAUAUAGAUUUGGCGGUUUAAUUGCUUUUUUAAAAAUUGCCUAUACGAAAAUGGAAACCGUAGAUCAAUUUAAAAAGAUGGCCAUAGAUAAACAAACACUUCUGAAAAACAGUCUAAAGAACUGUAAAUGGGUAAUAGACAAAGAUUCUAUCGAUAUUUUAAAAGAUCAAUUAAUAUUUUCUAUUUUUGGAGAUACAAAAUGCGUGUACAGUGAUGAAGAAAUUGAUCAUCUUAAACAAAUGGCAAACAAUAUAAUAAAACACAAAGCAGACAGUUGUGAAGAUCUUCAAGUUUCGGUGAUAUUUAAAUAUAUCAAAAUAAAAGAAGAAGCUAAGAAAUCUAACAAGAGUACACAAAAAAGUAAUGUUAAAAAACAAUCAAGUAAUAAUGGGGCGAAAGCAAAAAAGGUAAAAUCUGACCAUAAAGGAAAAAAUAUUGAGCAUAAAAAAUUAAGAGAUGACCAUACAAUAUUAAAAGAUGGUCAUUCGGAAGUAAACGAUGGUCAUUCAGAAGUAAAAUAUGACAACACAAAAGUAAAAGAUGACCAUGAAGAAGUAAAAGAUAGUCAUAUAGAAGUAAAAGAUGGUCAUUCAAAAGUAAAAGAUGGUCAUUCAGAAAUAAAAGAUGGUCAUUCGGGAGUUAAAAAUUCAGAAGUAAAGGAUGAUCAUUUAAAAUUAAAAGAAAAUCAUCCAGAAGUAAAAGAUGGUCAUUCAGAAAUAAAAGAUAACCAUUUAGAAGUAAAACAUGACAUUACAAAAAAAAAAGACAUACAUUCUGAUGGUCAUUCAGAAGUAAAAGAUGAUCAUUCAGAAGUAAAAGAUGGUCAUUCAGAAGUAAAAGAUGACCAUUUAAAAAUAAAUGUUGGUCAUUCAGAACUAAACGAUGGUCAUUCAGAAGUAAAAGAUGACCAUUCCGAAAUAAAAGAUGGCCAAUUAAUAAUAAAAGAUGAUCAUUCAGAAAUAAAAGAUGAUCAUACAGAAGUAAAAGAUGGUCAUUCAGAAGUAAAAGAUGAGUAUUUAGAAAUAAAAAAUGACCACACAAAUGUUCAAGAUGGUCAUUCAGAAGUAAAAUAUGACCACAAAAAAGUAAAAGAUGACCAUUCAGAAGUAACAGAUGUUCAUACAGAAGUAAAAGAUGACAAUACAGAAAUAAAAGAUGGUCAUUUGGAAGUUAAAAUUGGUCAUUCAGAAGUAAAGGAUGAUCAUUUAGAAUUAAAAGAUGACCAUUCAGAAGUAAAAAAUGACAUUAUAAAAAUAAACGAUAACCAUUCAGAUGGUAAUUCGGAAGUAAAAGAUGGUAAUUCAGAAGUAAAAGAAAACCAUUCUGAAAUAAAAGAUGGUCAUUCAGAAGUAAACGAUGGUCAUUCAGAAGUAAAAGAUGACCAUUCCGAAAAAAAAGAUGGUCAAUUAAUAAUAAAAGAUGAUCAUUCAGAAGUAAAAGAUGAUCAUACAGAAUUAAAAGAUGACCAUUCAGAAAUAAAAGAUGGUCAUUCAGAAGUAAAAGAUGAUUAUUUAGAAAUAAAAAAUGACCACAUAAAUGUUAAAGAUGGUCAUUCAGAAGUAAAAUACGACCACAAAAAAGUAAAAGAUGACCAUUCAGAAGUAACAGAUGGUCAUAACGAAGUAAAAGAUGGUCAUUCAGAAAUAAAAGAUGGUCAUUUGGAAGUUAAAAAUAGUCAUUCAGAAGUAAAAGAAGAUCAUUUAGAAUUAAAAGAUAGUCAUUCUGCAGUAAAAGAUGGUCAUUCAGAAGUAAAAGAUGACCAUUCAGAAGUAAAAAAUGACAUUAUAAAAAUAAAAGAUAACCAUUCAGAUGGUCAUUCGGGAGUAAAAGAUGGUAAUUCAGAAGUAAAAGAUAACCAUUCUGAAGUAAAAGAUGGUCAUUUAGAAGUGAAAAAUGAAAAUACAAAAGUAAAAGAUGGGUAUUUAAAAGUAAAAGAUGGUCGGUUAAAAGUAACUGAUCAUUCAAAAGUAAAAGUAGGACAUUCAAAAGUACAAAAUGGACAUUCAAAAGUAAAAAAUGCUCAUUCAAAAAAUAAAGCUUUUCUUGGUGGAAUAAAAGCUGAGCAAACAGACGCUAAAGAGAAUUAUACAGGAGUUUUAGUACCACUUUUUAGGUUUAAAAGGGCUUCAGAGAAUUAUUUUCAUUUUAUAGAUUACACUAAUGAAGUUUUUGAUUCAUGGAAUGAUGUUGAAAAUAAUAUUCAGAAAAGUAGGUAUGCGCUUAGCCUUCCCUUUAAUGGAGACUAUAAUAGUAAAGACGACUUUAUUUAUAUAACUGGAGACUGUUCACCUGAGAAAUAUCCUAAAUUUGAAUUGGAGAUAACACAUGACGACGAUCAAGAGUAUUCUUUUGAUGAACUACAAGCAAUUUUCGCACCCGAUGAGGAAGUUAAAGAUGCAAAAAAGGCCAAACAGAUAGUGAGAUUUUUUUUUAAUCGAAAUUCAAUAAAAUCUGCUGUUUUCGCAGAUGUUUUAAAAACUUUGAGAGCGAAUGUAAAACAAGAUAUUGUAUUUGAUAUAUUACACAAGGGGUACAAGAACGUCUCUGGUAAAGUUAGAGAACAUCUUGGUCAAGCAUACUUUUUAAAGGACUUUGUUACUAUUUUACAAUCCAGUAAAUUCUUUACCGAAAUAAAACUUACAAGUGAUUCGCUAUUAGAGUUACCAAAUGGACUAAAACUUGAAGCGAAAGCGUUUGUGCAACUUGAAGAAAAAGAAAAGGAAUUGAUUUCUCUCAAAUCUGCAAAUGGUUAUACAUAUCAAACUACUCUUGGAUAUUAUAAAUUUAUUUUAGACACGGAACAAAAAACAUCAGAAGAUAAAAUCUGUCAAUUGCUAGAAAUUGAAGACCUGACUCAGUUUAAAUUAAACAACAUACAAAUCUUACUAAAAUUAAAGCCACAUGAAAUCAUAAGAUUUCGUGAAAUUCUGGAAGGUAGAUGCAGUAAAUGCACCUCUCUUUAUAUUGAACUUUGGAUGGCGUUCGGUCGUAAGUUAAGCAUAGACUGUUUUAAUCAACUAUGUGCUGUGUUGGAAUAUACUGCUAUCCUAUUGAAUAAACAAGUAAAACUUAUUGACGACCCUGAUGGUGAAGAAGAUAUAAAUGCUAAAUAUAAAAAAGCCUAUGAUAAAAUUUUAAAUGAAAUAGAUGACGUUUGUUCAAAGUUCAGAGAAUCGUGCGCAAAAUUUGAACGUGUCAGUAAAAAUCACAAAUUUCAGUUCGGUGACCCAAUGCUUGCAGCUUAUCAUUUCGAAAAGCACUCUAAAGAUUACAAGGGAGAUGAUCUUACAGAAGAAAGAUAUUUAGCGAUAGCACAAGAAAUAUUCUCACGAAAAGAUAUAGAAUUCACGUGGUCACAAAAUGGUACUGUAAGAAGAUAUCAGACAUUUGAUUUGACCCACAAUGCUACUGCUAUUCGAUACGACGACAUUAUAGCAACUCUCAUUUUUAGAAACAUUUUAAAACCCAAGCCUAAACUAUGAUGGAAUCCUACUUUCUAUAUAAACUCAUCUUAAAAUGCAUUGCUUUUAAACGAGAAAAAAAAGAACGUUUCUGCUGAAGGGUUACUGUGAUAUUUGACCAUCGCCCAGCGAUUCAUAAAGCUGUGACUAACGAUUAAACCCUGGCGAAGUGCGUAUGCUGGUUUUGAUAAGCAUGCCAUCCUAGUCACGGUAGGCUGUGAAGAGUGGAAGGGGGUGUGUUUAUCUCUUCCUAUUAUUCCAUUAGUAGCCCUUGACCUUUCUGCCGACUGUCUAUUGUCUGUAUAACUUUGCAUAUAAGCAUUCCUUACAGAAAGCUAACUAAAAUGAAGUCUUUGAUUUAAUCAUUAAUGCAUG